GUACUGAAUACGAUUGCUGAUUUGACUAGUGUACCAGCGGAAGUGACGCGAGUCGCUUCGUUACGUUUACAUUCUGUUCUCGACGUCGCGUUCAUUGUGGGGAGCCAUUACCCUCGUCCGCGCUAAGCAUCGUGCCAUAUUCCCAUUCGCGCCCUAAUACUAACAACAUUCUCGUAGUUUUAAGUGAAAUAUUAUGAGAGUGAAGACCGAAAUGGACGACGACGAAAAGGGAAAGUUGUUUGUUGGUGGUUUGUCCUGGGAGACAACACAAGAAAAUCUUCAACGUUACUUCGGCCGUUAUGGCGAAGUAAUUGACUGCGUUGUUAUGAAAAACAGUGAAUCUGGUCGCAGUCGUGGUUUUGGAUUUGUAACAUUUAGUGAUCCAGCUAAUGUUCCAUUAGUUCUUCAGAAUGGACCACAUCAACUUGAUGGGCGCACAAUUGACCCGAAACCAUGUAAUCCACGCACUCAACAGAAACCAAAACGCAGUGGAGGCUUUCCGAAAGUUUUUCUUGGUGGCUUACCAAGUAAUGUGACAGAGACCGAUUUGAGGUCUUUCUUUACCCGUUUUGGUAAAGUUAUGGAGGUUGUCAUAAUGUAUGACCAAGAGAAGAAGAAAUCAAGGGGAUUCGGCUUUCUCAGUUUCGAGGAUGAAGAUGCAGUGGACCGAUGCGUAGCGGAGCAUUUCGUCAACUUGAAUGGAAAACAGGUUGAAAUCAAACGCGCAGAACCAAGAGAUUCUUCUAGCAAAAUGAAUGAUAGUCAUCAAGGUCAGUGGGGACCACCUCAACAGGGUGGACCUCCAAUGGGAAUGGCUGGGAAUAUGGGACCUAUGGGUGGUCCAAAUGGACAGAUGAGUGGACCUAUGAUGGGAGGUCCAAUGGGUCCACCAGGAAAUAUGAUGCAGCAGUAUCAAGGUUGGGGUACCAGUCCUCAAACUGGAGGAUAUGCUGCUGGAUAUACUCAGUAUAAUUCUCAGGGCUGGGGUGCACCACCUGGCCCUCCUCAGCAACAACAAAUUCCACCACCACCACAUCAUCAAUGGGGUAGUAGUUACAAUGUUCAACCUGCAGCAGCUACUCAAGGUUAUGGAAGUUAUGGUGGGCCGGCAGCGGCCGCUUCAGGGGGCUAUGGGCCCACAGCGGGUACUGGCGGGGCUGCGGGGGGCGGGCCCGGGGGUUCUUGGAACUCCUGGAAUAUGCCACAAAAUGGGCCCCCUCCUGGGACUCAGCCACCACCUCAGCCCCCUCAGCCUAACUCCUCGCAGCCCAACUCCAACUCGAACCCCUCUGGCCCGCAGGGUGACAUGUAUUCACGACAGACCACCGGCUCAGGUGCACCUGGGUCCAGUAGCAGUUCAGCUAAAACUCCGGAUUAUACUGGGUACUCUGCAUAUGGUAAUUACGCUGACACCAGUUAUCCUCAGCGUUCGUAUCAAGGAGGAGAAAGCAACCAAGACAACACCCCGAUCCCAAAGUUCAAAAACACCGAAACUGGAAGUCCGACAUUCAUUCCGAACGGAGACGCAGCCCCAGGUCCCCAACGGUUUUCCUUGACCCAGCAUACGAAUUACCACCCUUAUAGGCGCUAAGAAAUAGCGAAUACGGCCUAUCAAAGACACACAGAUAUCAAGCAUCUAGGUUAAUUUAAAAAAAAAAAAAAGAAAAAAAAGAAAAAAAAAAGGAAAGAAAAAAAAAUUUAGGAAAAUAGAGAAGAAAGAGAGAAAGGAGAGAGGUUGGCAGCGCUGUGAUGGAGGAAUAUGGGUAUCAGGUGUAAGGGAAAGCGUUGAUUAGAUAGAUGUGA